AUGUUCGGCUUCUCUUCUGUGGGGAAAAAAAAGGUCGGAGCGCAUGUCGCGCUUUACUGGGUAAACAUCGUUGUACUCGCCCUUUCCGCGCGCGUGAACUUGUUCCAAGAAUUCUUUUUUGCUGCGGAUCUAUUCCCACUUGGAUUAUCCAUUACUACCAUGGUUAUCCUCAGUGUAAUGUUGGCUCUCGACUUUAUCUGCAAAAACUCGUACACCGGUCGGCCCCAGUUCGAAAUUGGCGUCUUCGCUGUUCUUUCUAUAUUUUGGCUGUCAUUCAACGCUUUUUCUACAUCUCGUUGGCGCCAUGUCCCUAUGGCCUGCCCUACCGGAUCUGACGACGUCAAAACUUGGUGUCAGGAUGUUCAGGCCUUGAAAGCAUUCGUCUGGAUAGAGUGGUUGAUCUUCUCCUUGACAGCGUACAUCACCCUUCGGUACACCAUCUCGCAGAAGAAUCGCGGCAACAAUCACAUUCUUCGCAUGCCUCUUUCUCGCUACUCACCUCACCUGAGGAAUGACGGCACUACGGAAUAUAUUCGCAAUAGUGAAUUUUUGCAGUUCUCUGAGCCGAAGCUCUAG